UGUACUUGGGUUUUCAUCGGAGUUCGGCCGCCGCUGCCUUUCCGUCGCUGCGUCAGAGGAGUGAGGUCGGGGGCUCCGCCGCGGGAUUUUGCCGAAAUGGCUGACGCAAUCAUGAUGGAGAACGGCGCGGGCGCAUCAGUUCUCGGAAAUGGAGGUUACAGCGGCAGCAUGAACGGGGACGUGAAGGAGCACAAGUCGGAGCACCGGUCCAAAGAGCACAAGUCCAAGCACAAGAACAAGCACAAGGACAAGGACCGCGAGCGUAGCCGCGACCAUAAGUCGUCCCACAAAGAUAAGCACAGAAGCAAGGAACACAAGUCUCACAAGUCCAGCUCCAAAGACAAGGACAGGCACAGCAGUUCCAGCAGAAGAGACGGGGACAAGGAUCGGCACAGGGAAAAGGACAAACACAGAGAUAGACAUCAGGAGGACAAAGAGCACCACAGAUCGAAAGAGAUUCAAGAUGAGAUUAAGCAGGAGGUGCAGGAAGAGGAACCUCAGGUGUACGAGGAGCAGCACUCGCUGCAGAGGCAGGUUCUGGACGACUCUCAGGACUUCACCGACGGCGACGACGAGGACCGGCUGGUCAUCAAGGAGGAGCUGCCGAUGGACAGCGAGGACGAGCAGCCGCUGUCUGCGCGCAAGAGGCCGGCCGUGACGCUGGGCGCCGGCGACGAAGACAGCGAGGAGGACAUCCCGCUGGCCGUGCGCAAGAAGGCCAUCAAGGCCAAGCGGAAGGCCGACUCGGACGACGAGUACGAGCGCAAGCCGCCCAAGAAGGUGAAAAAGGAGAUGAAGAAGGUAAAGCCAGAGACGCUCAGCCCCACUAAGAAGAAGAAGGCUGAGGAGGAGCAGCAAGUCUGGAAAUGGUGGGAGGAGGAGAAAAAGGACGACGGCGUGAAGUGGCGCUUCCUGGAGCACAAGGGCCCCCUGCUGGCGCCAGAGUACGAGCCGCUGCCGCACCACGUCAAGUUCUUCUACAACGGCCAUGAGAUGAAACUGUCGCCCCUGGCGGAGGAGGUGGCCACCUUCUACGCCCGCAUGCUCGACCACGACUAUACCACCAAGGAGGUGUUCAACACCAACUUCUUCCGCGACUGGCGCAAAUGCAUGACGGAGAAGGAGAAGGAGAAAAUCACAGCGCUGAAGAAGUGCGACUUCACCAAGAUGGCGGCGUAUUUCAAGGAGAAGACGGAGGAGAAGAAGGCCAUGAGCAAGGAGGAGAAGAAGAAGCUCAAGGAGGCGAACGAGGUCAUCACCAAGGAGUACGGCUUCUGUACUCUGGACGGGCACACGGAGAAGAUAGGCAACUUCCGUGUGGAGCCGCCCGGUCUCUUCCGGGGCCGGGGUGAACACCCCAAACAGGGCAUGGUGAAGCGGCGCAUCACCUCCGAGGACAUCAUCAUCAACUGCAGCAAGGAGUCCGAGGUGCCCAAGCCGCCUGCCGGUCACAAGUGGAAGGAGGUGCGCCACGACAACACUGUCACGUGGCUGGCGUCCUGGACGGAGAACAUCCAGGGCCAGAUCAAGUACGUGAUGCUGAACGCGGCGUCGCGCCUGAAGGGCGAGAAGGACUGGCAGAAGUACGAGACGGCGCGCCGGCUCAACAAGUGCGUCGACGAGAUCCGCGAGUCCUACAAAAACGACUUUAAGAGCAAGGAGAUGCGGAUACGGCAGCGCGCUGUGGCCAUGUACUUCAUCGACAAGCUGGCGCUGCGAGCCGGAAACGAGAAGGACGAGGACCAGGCGGACACGGUGGGCUGCUGCUCGCUGCGCGUCGAGCACAUCAAGCUGGAGGAGGAGCUGAAUGGCAAGCAGUACGUGGUGGUGUUCGACUUCCUCGGCAAGGACUCGAUCCGUUACUACAACGAGAUCUCCGUGGAGAAGCGCGUCUUCAAGAACCUGCAGCUGUUCAUGGAGAACAAGGGGCAGGGGGAUGAUCUCUUCGACCGGCUGAGCACGAUGAUCCUGAACAAGCACCUGAACGAGCAGAUGGAGGGCCUGACUGCCAAGGUGUUCCGCACGUACAACGCGUCACGCACGCUGCAGGAGCAGCUGGACUCGCUCACCGAGGCCGACAUGACGGUCAACGAGAAGAUUCUGGCGUAUAACCGCGCCAACCGAGCCGUGGCCAUACUGUGUAACCACCAGCGCGCCGUGCCAAAGACGUUCGAGAAGUCGAUGGAAAACCUCAUGAACAAGAUCGCCGAAAAGAAGGAGACGUUGGCCGAGGCGGAAAAGCAGUACAAGUCGGCGAAGAAGGCCGCCAAGAGCAGCGUCAAGGAGCAGGCCGUCUGCACCCAGAAGCGGAAGGCUGUGGAGCGGAUACGGGAGCAGCUCAACAAGCUGGAGCUCUCGGCCACCGACAAGGAGGAGAACAAGGAGAUCGCGCUGGGCACCUCCAAGCUGAACUACCUCGACCCGCGGAUCUCGGUGGCUUGGUGUAAAAAGUGGGACGUACCCAUUGAGAAGGUCUACAACAAGACGCAGCGCGACAAGUUCCGCUGGGCCAUCGACAUGGCCGGCCCCGAUUUCGUUUUCUGAGCGGCGCCCAGUCGCCGCUGCGGCCUAACACCCGGACACAGGAGCCCUGGCCUAGGACAUGGGGAGGCGACGCCAGCCGCGCGAGACGCCGCCACGCGGUCGACGGCGGCCGUCCGCACGUCUUGUGUGUAUGUGUGUGUGUGCCUGUGCGGCGGCGCCAGCGUCAGGCCCGCCGCGUGAGCGCCAUCUCUGGACGGGCGGCGGAACUGCCCGGCAGGCCGGUCUGGCCGCACAGGGUGCCGAGUUGAGAGACUGAGAGAGCGCGUGCGGCGGCCGAGCGGUGGGCGGGCGACGAGUGACGUGUAGGUACCAGACACAACAUUUUGUGAUACUUGUUUUCGCGGCCGGGGAGUAGGUGAAAGGGGCGAGCCGGGCCCGCCCUGAGCGCAUGUCCGAGAAAUGACUGAGCUGUAUGGCACGUUAGGAACUCACUCUAUUGCACCCGUAUUGGUGUUUUCUGGCUGGGCCCGUGACUGUGGGAAAUGUCUUCCCUGGCCGGGGAUAGGCGCGGCUCGACAGCGGCGCUCCAGUUUUUUAUUGUUUAUUCUCCCAUGGUUUGAAUCCGCCGAUCCUGUUCGCUGUUGUGUUGGGAUUGUGAUCUUGCCAGUUUCAGGAAGCAUAAAUUUGGACAUUAUUUAAAGACCAGCCCGAGCGAACACCGUACCAUUUGCAGAUGAACUCGGUUUCGCGAAGCGAUCCCCAGUAUUGGGCUUUAAUAGGAAAUGACCUGGUCUUUCAAGACCCAAAGCUGUUUGGCUUUGAGAGCCUGGACGGCUGUCGGAGACCGGGCGCCAGUGGACAGCGUUGCCAGCUCUUCGCGGCCGGCGCCGCCUAACCUCAUCAGCAUGCAUCAGAGCAGAUCUGUGUAUACAUCCGUCUCACACCGAUCACUAAUAAACGCCAUCAACGCUGUCCGGUGGUGAAUACAUGCAGGCGGAUGAG